AUGCUCGACGUGGUUAACAACGUCAAGACGGCCGUCGAGGAGGCGUGCCCGGGGGUCGUGUCGUGCGCCGACAUCAUCGCGCUAGCCGCCAGGGACGCCGCGGCCAUGGCGGGGCGGGUGCGCUACGACCUGCCCACGGGGAGGAGGGACGGCACCGUGUCCAGCGCGGCCGAGGUGAACCUGCCGAGCCCAUCCGUGUCGUUCGCCGAGGCCCUGUCCACCUUCCGCUCCAUCGGCCUCGGCGUCGUCGACCUCACCACCUUGCUAGGUUCACAUACCAUGGGAUUCUGCCACUGCGGGCUCAUCGUGAACAGGCUCUACAACUACAACAGCACCAUCCCGUUCGACCCGACCAUGGACGCCGGCCUGCUCGCCGUGCUCCGGAGCCGGUGCCCGCCGCACGUGGUGACGACGCCGCAGAACCUGUCCCGCGACGCGAUCGUGCCGAUGAACUUCGACGCGCCGCUCGGCCCGUUAGGCCUCGACAACUCCUACCCGAGCGUGCUCGCCGGGAGAGCCGUCCUGCAGAUUGACCAGGAGCUCGCGUCCUCUGGCGCCGCACGCCGGAUCGCGGCCAUGUUCGCGUCGCGGCCGGGGAACUUCCGGCUGCAGUUCGCCAAGUCCAUGGUGAAGCUGGGGGGCGUGAACGUCCUGACGGGGAGGCAAGGGGAGGUCAGGCUCAACUGCCGACGGUUCAACAGCUGA